UUUAACAUCGAUUAAUGUAUUUACACAACACAAACAAUGAUUUAUUUUGUAAAGUUUUUGAUAAUUUAUUUACUAUGUGCGAAUGUGUGUAAGGGUACGGAAGACUUCGAUGACUACGAUAGUGAAGAUUAUGCGAGUAGUGAUCGCAACAUUUUAUUAAGCUCCCGACAAAUCAAUUCUCAACAAAUAUUCAUUCCGGAACACUUCAUCGGAUCGAAUUUGAUGGGCAGCGGAACAUUUGCGAAGCAAUGCUUUUCGGUUGAAGACGUUGCAUUGCUAGCAACUAGGAGUAAAUUUGAGGCAUUGAUACCGAAUGUGUCGACAUUAGAACUACAUUUAGAAGAUGACAAGUCCGUUGAAGAUAUGCUAGAAUAUUUUUACGGAUUCAAUCAGUUGUUGAACAUAAUUGAAAAGGAAGAUCUGAAGUUCUUCUCUCAGCUAGCGUUUUACGAUGUCGUUGGAGGUUAUUUUAAUUACUUCUACUGGCCCUUGGUAAAAUAUUCAUUUUAUGCUGGAAUGUUGACAUACAACAGUACCAUUAGCGUUUACAGUUUUCAUAAACAUUGUAAAGAAACGUUGAACACAAUCGGGAAUGGUUGGCGCCAGUCCAAAGACUUUUCUCGAACGAAUUUUAAAAUCGAACCGAUCAACUCAUCGGCUAAAGUUAAUAAAGAAACCGAAUCGAUAAUCCCUCCCGAUGGUCGGGAUAAUGCUUGCGAAAAGUUACUGAUGGCAUCCGAUGAAGAUGCUACGUAUCGGUUUGAAACUGAUUUGAUUGUAGCACUACCGCAAAUUGAGGCUGACGAUGGGAAUGGCAUUUUAAAUGUCCGCCUGCCAUUCAAACGAAAACAGAACUUUAAUUUCAACUCAAAGGCUUCGGCUUUUGUUUUAUUCAAAUACUACGUGACUGUGUGCAAAUGUCAUGAUUUCCGGAAACAAUCCUCAGAACGAUUCGAUAUUCGCUUUCUAAAAUUGGUAAAAGAGAAGUUUUUACCGCUGUUACAACGGGAUACUUUCUAUCCGGGAUUCGGUGCUAUUCUAAGAAUAUCGGAAAGUUUGAAUCAUCGAUCUAUUGUGUCGCGAAAUAUUGAAAAUGGUCUGAAUGGUUCAUUCAAAAAAUCGGAAGGGAAUCGAACUGUUGACAACUUAGACGAUAGUAGAAACGGUGCCGAAGAAGACGUUCAUAUAAGCCAACAAAAUGAAUCGUCCUUCUUCGAACAAGUUGUUCAUUUUGUCAAUUUGGACGACGUGGACGAAACAAAGAAAAUCGAAAUAAUUUUCUUCAUAGCAGUAGCUACAGUACUAUCAUUGGCAUUUCUAAUUCUUUGCUGCUGUUUAAUAAUGAAAAGCAAAAACAGGUCAAAGGAAAGUCGAUCGGAAGUGAAGAAAAGCGGCGGUUCGACAUCACUUUUCCAUAGAUUCAGGAAAAAUAACAAGAAGAAGAUAGAUAAAAGCGCCACUUCCGAUUCAAACAUUGGUCCUCGGAGCUCGUCUAUUUUAGUCGGAAACGAUUUCGACGACACAGAAUCCAGAGUCUCAACGCAGACGAAGUCCAGCGGCCUGUCGUUGAAAGAUUUGAUUCAUGCUGAAAUUAGCAAAAGGCCAACGAGACCCAGCAAGCAGCAAAUAAAAGCUUUGAGCAGAAAUUCCAAAAAACUAACAAGCGCACAAAUGACUGAUCUGCUGGAACAUUCUUGAAAGUGUUUUCUCACUUUGAAACGACAUAUAUGUAGCCGGUCAAAGUGAUUCAACUACAAUCAAGUGAAUUGACAUAGUUAUGCCGAGACUCUAGCACCAUUUGCCUACAUUUUCACCUGAUUUGCAUAUUUACCUUACAAAUAGUAACAUUCAACAAACGUACUUAGAAACAACAUUUUGCUAAAAUAUUAAAAUGGCAUGCGAAUAGAAUGUUUCUCAUUUUGACAGGAAAUAAAUUGAAGGAACCAAUUUUGUGUAACAUCA